AUGGCGGUAAAUACUCCGCCUCAUAUAUCAGCGAGAGUUUAUUAUGGAUUACGUACAGAUAUUCAAUACAAUGCUCACUACCUAACUGAUUCGGAGAUUAUUUAUCCUGCUGGCGGUGUUAUUGUAAUUCAUAAUCAUCUUCAGAAGAAACAAAAGUUUAUCCGUUUACAGGAUAAACAUAAACCGAUUAAAUCAUUGGUAUUAGCGCCGAAUAGGCGAUGGCUGGCUCUUAAUGAAAUAGCUGAAGAGGGACAAAAGCCUUACAUAACAAUUUAUGAUCUAACAACUUAUAAGCGACGCAAGAUACUAACCGUUCCAUUCGAAAACUCCACAGCCAGGGAAUUUGCAUGUGUUCAGUUUACGUUUGAUUCUAAAUACCUAGUCGCAAUAACAGGAGAGCCAGAUUGGUAUUUGUAUUACUAUAACUGGGAUAAAGGGAAAGUUGAGAGUCACGCUAAGGCGCAGAAUCCUAGCGGGCAAGGUAUUGUUGAGAGUGUUCAAUGUAAUCCGGCUGAUGCCACUCUUGUUGUUAUAACUGGUCCUUACACAUUUCGUAUUAUGAACGUCGCCGAAACAGUUUGGCGGCAAUGGGGUUGGUGUAAGGCAGAAAAUAUUGUUAUAACAAGUUGUAUGUGGUUAACACCGGAUCGCAUAAUGUUUGGGACGGACACCGGGACUAUAAUGGUAGUGGAAAAUGGCGAAUUGAGACAAAAUUGCAUCUUCCAGGCAUCGGAAGUUAUGGAAAUGUCGCUUAAAAAGGUUGAGGCUGAUGCCGAGGAAGGUGACAAGGCCAGUGUAUCGAGUAAACAAGACGCGAGCAGUGAUCAGAGCUCCACAGAUAGUUCAAGCCACCCUGUAACUUGCUUUGUUAAUUUUCCUAAAGGAUUCGUUUACGCGUGUGGCCAGGGUUACGUGCACAUGUUUGAGAAGGAAACUCCUCAUCAUUGGAGAAAGAGGAACCUCUUCCGAAUAUCCAGGAAUUCCUAUAAACACACUCGAGAGCAUCCAAUAUGGUCGCCACUUGACGCCAUUCAACACAUUGCAGUAGAUCCUAAUCAGGAAACACUGCUUAUCACAACGCUGAGAAUUCAACUAUAUUACGUUAAGUUGUUUGGGCUGCAUAUGUUACAGCAUCCAGAGCUACCAUUCAUAGAGCUCGGUCCAGCCAUGCAUUACGGACGAAUCAAUUCAUUGUCAAUGUGCGCCUGGAAGCCAAUUUUCAUGACGUCUGGAGAGCAGGACAAAAGUAUUCGUAUCUGGAACUACAUGACUGAUGAUGUGGAAUUGAUAAAGCUGUAUCAAGAGGAGAUUCAUUGUGUCUCUUUACAUCCUACAGGUCUAUUUGCAAUAGUGGGAUUCUCUGACAAACUUAGAUAUAUGGUGGUUUUAAUUGACGAUUUCGAAGUGGUUAGAGAAUUUCCAAUACGAAAUUGUAAGCGCGCUAAGUUCAGCACCAAUGGCCAUCUUUUUGCCGCUGUCAACGUUCAAGUUAUUCAAGUCUUUUCUUCGGUAUCCUUUCAAAAUGUGUACAACUUAAAAGGACAUAAUGGGAAAGUUACAGGUCUUGCGUGGUCAGCAAACGAUUUGACCCUUGUCUCUUGCGGUUCUGAAGGCGCUGUCUAUGAGUGGAAUAUGUCAAAUGGUCAACGAGUUGGAGAGGUUAUACUAAAGACAAACCAAUUCAGCGCAUGCGCCGUAAACAACAACGGAAAAACAACAUACGGGGUUGGCAGCGAUGGAGAGCUCAAAGAAAUUGGGGCAAACACUAUAAGACGAAACCUAACUCUCAUAGGAUGCGGUCUCGACACAAUCAUUCUUUCUCGCUCUGACCUGAUGCUAUUCAUAACGGGGGGAGCGGGAGGUGUAACCGCCGUUCAACUGCCACUUCUAGACAAAGCUAUAUUUAAUGAGUUUCACAUGCAUAAUAAGAAAAUAACAGGGGUUACUUUGUCUUACGAUGACCAGACCUUGGUGACGGUGGCUGAAGAUUCGUCAAUAUGUGUUUGGAGGUUAACAAAUGCAGACGGUAGAGCAAUUGCGUUGGACAAAGAUUUUGCCUACUCGAAAGAGAUUUUGAUUAGCAAGAAGGAUUUGCAAGAGAAGAUUAAUAGUAUAAAUUUGCUCAGUACUCGAAUGAGUGAACUAGAAACUGAACAUACAUAUCAACUGCGGCAAGCGGAAGCUACUCAAGCGGAAAAGCUUAAAGAAGUCCAUGAAGGCUAUUGUGCGGCUAUCGAGGAGCUAAAAGAGAAAAAUGAGCAAAUGGAAAAUGAGCACACACACGAAAUCGGUAUGAUACAACAAGAUAUUGCCAAGCUGCGUUCAGGCCACGAGAGGACUUUGCAAGCCUUGGAAGCGGACUUUAACAUAAGACUAAUCAGCGAAUAUGAUAGAUAUCAGAGCCUAGAAGAUAAGACAGCAAGAAUGCGAAAAGACUACGAAGAACGACUUGAACAGUUAGCUGAAAGUAAACGUCAGGCGCUUCGGGAAAUCAACAACAUGUUCGAAGCAAAGUUAGAAGAGAAGGACUUACUUUUACAAGAGUUACAAGAACAAGCGGACAUGGAAAAAAAGGAACACGAAACGAUCAAAGGUUCGAUAGAAGAGGAUGCUGAUCGUGAAAUUAUUGAAAUAAGAACCGCAUAUGAAGUGCAACUGAAAGAGGAGAAAGACGCAAAUGUGCGUCUUAAAGGGGAGACAGGGCUUAUGAAGAAAAAGUUAAUCACUGCUCAUAAGGAAAUCGAUGACUUUAAACACCAAGUGUUGCAGCUUAAAGCUGAACAUAAGCAGUUUCAAAAAGUGAUAUCGACGUUGGAAAGAGAUGUUGCGGAUUUAAAGAAAGAAAUAGCAGAAAGGGACAGUACAAUACAGGACAAGGAAAAGAGAAUCUACGAGUUAAAACGUAAAAAGCAGGAACUGGAAAAAUACAAAUUUGUAUUGAACUUUAAGAUUACCGAACUUAAAAAUCAGAUUGAACCAAAAGAGCGUGCUAUACGUGAAUUAAAAGUGCAAAUACAAGAUAUGGAGAAUGAAGAAUUAAAAUUACUUAAUGUUAAACACGACCUCGAACGCGAGAUCAAAGAGAAAAAGAUGCGUAUUCUUGAUUUGGAGGUGUCGUUAGAAACACUUUUAAAGCAAAAGGACUUCCGCGAACUCAAGAUCUCUCAAUUAAACGAAAAGUUAACAUCAGCUAAAAAGGACUUCACAACUGAGGCUGAAAGGAAUUUGACAUUAAAAAAUACUCUCAAAAAAAUAAAAAUCGAUCUCCAUAAUAUGACUGCCAAUUUUCAAGAUCCUAUGAAAUUGAAACUGAGUGUGAAGGAAUUGUUCCAAAAAUAUGUAGAAGACAUAGACUUCGUGCGCAGUCGCAUCGCUGAAGAUGAAGCUAUACGUGAAUUUAAUAGACAACGAGAUCAUUUAGAAAAACAAGUUGCUGCGCUUAAAAUGCAACUGUCAAAAUCUCUAGAUGGCUCUAAAAGUGAUAUUGGAAGGAUAAUGGACGAAAACUGUACCCUACUCACGGAAAUAAACAACCUACGUACGGAACUGAAAUCGACGCGGACGCGUUGUUUCCAAAUGGAAUCUAUAUUGGGAUUAUCUGCGAGGUACAUUCCUCCUGCCACUGCUCGAUCUAAACUAAAGCAUGUUACAGAAGAUAGGGAGAAACUAGAUGAUAGAUUCAAACAGAAAAUCGAGGAGAGAGAAGAAAUUAUUGUUGCUUUAAAAGAAGAAAAUGAACGAUUACUUGGAAAAAUGCGAUGCUUAGAUGAUGAUACGCAGAAAGAUGAGGAAGCCGGCGCUCAAGGGGAUUCAGUAAAUUGA